CAACAACAACAACAACAAAAACUAUUGAUCACCAACUUAAUGAACCCCUCAAACGGUGCCGAUUCUCGUCGCCGGAAAACGACGUCGUACCGGCGCCACACUCACCGGCCUCCGUCCAGUCCACUUCAGCACUGGAAGCUCCACGACGACAAAUCCACCAGAGCCUCCGAGGCCUCUGCUCGGAAGCUCGCCGCCGGGCUCUGGAAGCUGCGCUUCAGCGAAGUUUCAUGGGGUACAGAGCUCAAUUCUGGUUCUGAUGAUCAUCUUCGAGCUCACCUUGAGCUUGAAUCGUCUUUGACAUGUUCCAAAUUGGGAUUGGAGAGGGCAACAAAGUGGGAUGCUUGCUGCCGGAAUGAAUCGGAUGAAAUUUGUGGGGUUUAUAUGAAAGAUUGUCGAGUGAAUACUGUGUCUAUGGUUUCGGCAGUGAAUGAUGAACUAAUGAAAGCUAGAUUGAGCAUUCGAGAGCUUGAAGCUAAGCGGAGGUCUUUCAGGAAGAGAGUCAAACACUUUUUGAGUAAGCUUGAAGAGGAAAGAGUAUUGCAGAAGCGCAGAGAGUGCCAGAGAGAUCGUGCGGUUAUUAAGGAGUUGAUGAAAGAACUAAGCAGGGAAAGGAGGAGUCGUCAAUGGAUGGAAAAUCUUAGCACCAAUCUGGUCAGUCGGUUAGCCAAUGCAAAGUUGUCUGCAGACCAGUUCAUGAAAACGUACAAGGAAGAGAAACAAAACAGAAGAUUCAUGGAACAAGUUUGUAGCGAACUAGCUGAACACCUUGGAGAGAACAAGGCUGAAUUGAAGGCAUUGAAAAGAGAAUCCAUGAAAAUUAUUGAUGAAUUGGAAGAAGAGAGAAAGAUGUUGCAGAUGACUGAGGCUUGGCGUGAAGAACGAGUGCAGAUGAAGCUGAUUGAUGCAAAACUGGCUCUUGAAGAUAAAUAUCAUCAGGUGAACAAGCUGAUAACAGAUGUUGAAACUUUCUUAAGGUCAAGGUUUGCUACCCUGGAUAUGCCGGAAUUAAGAAAGGCUGAGUUGAUCCUACAGGAAGUUAAGUCAUUGAAUAUUCAAGAUAUCGAGGAAUUUACAUAUGUUGCUCUGAAAUCAGAUGAUAUAUUCUCUACUUUUGAAGAGUUCCGACCAUAUGAAGGUAAAGGGAGAGAGAUUAAACCUUGCAUUUGUCACAGUGCUUCUAGCCAUGAUCCGAAAUUCCAUCCAUCUAGUCCUGACAAUAAUCGGGUCAACAAAAACCCUUUGCCAAGUUACUCAAAUUGUCUCAACGGUUAUAGUAGUGGUGUGCAAGAAAGUGCUAGAGGUUGGGCAAACGGGAGUCAUAGUGAGGAUCAGGGUUCUUGUCAUUCAUCGGGAGGGCAUAAUUCCUCCAUUAUCAGGGUUAGCCAGUGCCGACAUGUGUCUAGGAGCGGAAGUGCAUGUAAUGAUAAUGCAGGUCAAUCCUCUCCAGAUACUGAAAUCAUUGAAGUUUGCCCAGUAUCGGAGCAGCAAUCAGAGCAGAAGCUGUCUUCUAUGUCCAAGCUUUGGAGAUCAUUCCCAACUAAUGGUGAAGUUUUUAAGAUAAUUUUGGACGAAGACAAGAGCAGGCUUUCAAAUGGGGUUACAUCACGUUUGCAAAGAAAUGAUGCUGAUAGUAGACUGACUGAACAUGAGACCAGACACCGGGAUUCAAAUGAACAUUUGUUCCCACUGGACAUAGCGAAUCCACACAUCACUCGAGGGAUGAAAGGACGCAUCGAAUGGCCCCGAGCUAUCCAAAAGAAUGGUUCAAAUGCCAAGCUUUUGGAAGCAAAAAUAGAAAGCCAGAGAUCUCAACUACGCCAUGUUUUUAAACAGAGCUUUAGGUGACUUACUUGUUUGAGUUCUAAAUACUCACCUUAUGACUGAGUGAAUGAGUAGCAGUUUCUGGGAAGAGUACUUAAAUGUAAGUUUCUAGCUAUCCAAGCAUAAAAGAUAAAAGUA